UGGGAAAAUCGCUCAGUGUUGAUGGAAUUUGUAUUCCUGGCCUAUCCUUCCCACCCAGAGCUGAGUGUCAUGUCCUUCCUUGGGGUCAGCCUGAUUUAUACAUUCAUCAUCACUGGGAAUGUCCUCAUCAUGGUGGCCAUCAAGACAGAAACCCACCUACACACACCCAUGUACUAUUUCCUGGGCAGCCUCUCAGGAGUGGAAAUGUGCUACACUGCCGUGGUGGUGCCCCACAUCCUGGCCAACAUCCUACAGUCAGAGAAGACCAUCACCCUCCUGGGCUGUGCCACUCAGAUGGUUUUUCUUAUCAGACUUGGCAGUGCUGACUGCUUCCUCUUGGCUAUCAUGGCUUAUGAUCGGUAUGUUGCCAUUUGCCACCCCUUGCAGUACCCUCUCAUCAUGACUUUAACUCUUUGUGCCCGCUUGGUUGUGGCCUCUGUGGUCAUCGGAUUGUUCCUGUCCUUACAGCUAGUGGCCUUCAUCUUCUCUCUGCCCUUCUGCCGGGCUCGAGGUAUCGAGCACUUUUUUUGUGAUGCGCCACCAGUGAUGCGCCUUGUUUGUGCCGACAGCCACAUCCAUGAGCAGUCAGUGCUGGUGGCAGCCACACUAGCCAUAGCUGUGCCUUUCUGCUUUAUCACCACCUCCUACGCCUUCAUUGUGGCCGCUGUGCUCAAGAUCCACUCAGCCGCUGGCCGCCACCGCGCCUUCUCCACCUGCUCCUUCCACCUCACUGUGGUCCUGCUGCAGUAUGGCUGUUGUGCCUUCAUGUACCUGCGCCCCAGCUCCAGCUACUACCCCAAGCAAGAUCAGUUCAUCUCACUGGUGUAUACGUUGGGAACCCCACUUCUCAACCCACUUAUCUACACCCUGAGGAACAGUGAGAUGAAGGGGGCCAUAGGGAGAGGUCUUAUCAGGAACUGCCUCUCCCAGAAAAGCUAG